CAGAUUCGGAAAGUCGAUAAGCGUAUGUUUGUACUGUUCUUGUGAAGAAGGGUUUUCCGUUUUCCAUACGCAAAGUUUUAAAUAUUUGCUUCCACCGGUUUUCCCCUAAAGCUCAGCUGCGUGGUAAAAAAGAAAAGGCAUUGAAAAAGUCUGUAUCAACGAGUAACGAGAAUGAUGCCGGGAACCGUGUAAAGAAUCGCAGCGUGAGCUGGCAUGGCAUGCCAUUGCUUGAAAUAAACCAAGCUCCAGGAGUUGCUCUUUCUCAUCUCUUUGUAAACCUUUCUGAUUCAAUUAAAGAAGAAGCUAGUGGUGAUAAUAAUAUUAAACUUUCUGCUACAGAUGAAAGAAAGAAAGAUAAAAUAAAUUUUUUAGAAAAGACAUUUGUAAAGUGCAUUAGGAAAAAGACUCCGAAAUGGAAAUGUUCUCAGUGUUUUUUCUUGAAUCUCGAAACUUGUUCUGAAUGUGUUAUUUGUGCUUACAGGAAGGGUGAGAGCCCGGACUUGUCUAAUUCUGUUGAAAACGAUCUACCUUCAACGCCUACCCCUGAUUCAGGAGUCGAUAUUGCAUCUAGUCAUAAUUCUUCCGCUCAAAAUGCAGACUACAUUUUUCGCUGGUUUUGCCAUCACUGUCAUAAUUAUAACCCUUCUACCACUGAUAACUGUAUUUUAUGCAAUUCUAGAAGGAAAAUAAAUCAUCUAAAAAACAAAACUCCCGAUACAUUUGAAGAUUUGAGGUAUUUUGGAGCUUAUGGGAUUUCACCUCAGAAAGGCUUAUCUAAAUUUAACGGUGUACAGAAUUCAUUAAUUGAAAGCGAUGAUUGUGAUCCAUUCAUAGCGGCUCAUUUCAUUUCACCGAGGCACCUACCCAAACUUGAUAGCAAAUGGACCUGUGAAAAUUGCCAAUUUCUCAAUAUUCCUUCUACUAAUCAGUGUAUUAUUUGCGAGACAGCCAAGCAUAGCAAUGUUAGUUACGUAAGUACUAAUGAGCUGACAGAAUUCCUUAAUUGUCGGUCUGUGCCUACUAAACGAAUAGACUUUUCACAUAACCGUUCGCCAAAAAGACAACGAUCUACAUCCAAGAGGACUAAAGCAAAACUUAGCCGCCAUAAUUCAGAUGGAUCCCCUGCUUUGAGAGAACAAGAAGAAAAUGGUGAUAACUCUGUAAAUGUCGCACAUUCAGCUGAUGAUGUUAUGCUAAUUGAUCCAGAGGCUGAAAAUGAAGUACCGUGGGCUUGCAAAAGGUGUACGUACGAUAAUUCUCCUAGUCUAACGAGGUGCGAGAUUUGCGAAACUCCUAGAAAACCAAACAUUCCUACAACACUACCGCGCAAUGCUUUUAGCUUAGGUUAUUUAUCAGAAUUAAAAAAUUCCUUAAAUAAUAAUAAUCCCGAUGUACAAAACAGGAGUCCUCCUCUUUCGAGAAGAAGUAAGUCGUUUUCUGAGGUUCCGAGCAGUGCGAAUUGUCAACGAGUGCCUAUGAAAAGAGGGUCACUUCUGAAUGGUCACAGUUCUGAUCUUUCUUCUCCUAAAACUGAUGUUUUGUGCGGCGACGAUUUAACUAGAAUGUCUGCUUCAGAAGAAACUUGGGCUUGCAAUCAUUGUUCAUUUACUUUUAAUCCAGUUUGGGCAACAGUCUGCCAGAGUUGUGAUACUGCAGCUGCAUCUGUAAUUAACUCCAACAAAAUUUCUGACCAAAAUGUGAUAAGCAAUGAAGAAUAUUCGCGGGGUGGAUCAGCUGAUUCUGGCCGUCAUUUGAGCCAACUGCUUGGUGUCCCAAUAUUGGAUCAGUGGACGUGUGUGAAGUGUACCCUGAUUAAUUCAUCAAACGAGCGAUUUUGCUGUGCUUGUGGUGGAUCUAAAUUAAACAGUACUAGUAGCAAACAAUAUAGGACACUUAAACCAAAUGAGAGUUGGGUGUGUCGUAGUUGUACUCUUCGCAAUCAUCAUUCAGUUUCAGAAUGUCGAGUUUGCAAUACAUGUAGGUAUGAUAACGCUGAUGACUCGCAUCGAUCCCAGCCAUCAAAUAGGACGUUAAGGAGAAACCGAGGAAAUAAUGAAAGUGGCAGUUGGGAGUGUUCAUCUUGUACAUUUAUAAAUGCCUCUUCAAGGGUUAUGUGUGAAAUGUGUCAAACGUCACGUAGCAUAAUAUCCUUACGACCCGAUUCUGCAAAACCAGAUACCUCUGCUUCCUGUCAGGGUGAGAGUGAGCUUACAGAAGAGUUAAGAAACGUAGAAGAAAACUUUGCUCGAUUGCAGUGGCAUGAUAUUAUCACAUUUUGUAAACAGGUUAGUAUGCAUUAGUUUUAUGUUAUUCAGUUGUAGCUAUGUACUCAAUUUAAAAAUUUUCAGCAUUUUUUUUUUCUUUUUUUUUUUUCUGUUACAUAUCAUAAUCAGCAGGUCGAGAUUUAUCGUAUUGACUCGUGUAUUUCCCUACAUAGCUUUUUAGCGCAAGGUUCUGAAUAUUUUUUGAGUAUUCAGGUAAUUUUUCCCUUCAUCAAGACGUUCAGAAAACAAACUUCCCUAAAUCUUGAAAUGGAUUGAUCCACGUAGUGAUUGUUUUCAUCUUACUAAUUGAUUGGCUUGUGGAUUUGGGGCGCUUGGCCUCUGACUGAUGAAACAGUAAUACACUGCUGGCCAUCAAAAUUGCAAACCAGGAAGGAAUGAUCUGAGGAACGUCAAAAUCACAUGAAAGGAAGAAGAGUUUGGGAAAUGCAAAUGAUUAGUAUUUCAGCGUAUUUAGACGACGCAAGAGGGAGAAACGACAUUUGACGGACUGCAUAAAAGAAAAGUUGUGUAGAGAUUUCUCAUUCGGAAAGCGCUUUGUAAGGUCGGAGUUUACUCAGAAUAUCGUAUUAUGCCUCAAAUAAAAAGAAGAAAUGCUUCCCAGCAAGGUCGGAAUUCGAUAGAUGCAGAAUUAUUGCCUAUCGAGAGUGUGGAUUAUCGUUCCCUGAUAUCACCCGUCGCACAGGUCGACAUCCAACCACUGUCAUGCGAAUAUGGAAUCAGUGGGUUGCUGAGGGUCAUACUGAACGGCAUGCAGGAUCUGAACGCCCUCCCAUGAAUAACGCCUGAAGGACAGAUAUAUUGUGAGAUCAGCCCUGCAAAACAGUACGACUACAUCACGGACCAUUAGUCAGAGAAUAGGCAUGUUUGCAGCAGGCGCAGUAUCCUCUCCUACGGUGUGUCCAUGUUUGCAGCAGCGUGGACUAUCAGCACGGCGACCAUUACUUCGGCUUUCCUUGGUAAUGUACCAUUGAGAGAGACGGUGCGCCGAACGACAAAGCUGGAUAUAGAAGUGGCACAAUGUCGUCUUUUCAGACGAAUACCGGUUUGAGGGCAGUAUUCUGAUGACUGUAUACGUGUCUGGAGGCUCCGAGGAGACCACGCGUCGCCUGUUGCGUUCGAUAUCGCAUAUGGGUCCUGCACCUGGUGUGAUGGUUUGGGCAGCCAUUGGGUACACGAAGCGCGCAUCUCUAGUUCGGAUCAACGGUAAUUUGAACGCAAAUCGGUAAAUUUCUGACAUCUUAGGUUCAGUGGUUUUGCCCUAUCUUCGAGGCUUGCCAAACGCCAUCUUCCAACAAGAUAAUGCAAGACCACAUGUUGCACGUCUUGUUCUGACUUUCCUUGAUACACAGGAUAUUCGAUUGCUGCCCUGGUUUGCACGGUCUCCAGAUCUGUCACCCAUUAAAAACAUCUGGUCAUUGGUUGCUGAGAGACUAGCCCGCCACACCUCUGUUGUUAAUACUGUUGAUGGAGUGUGGCAUAGACUUGAAGCAGCAUGGAAUUAGUUGCUCGAUUCUAUCAUCCAAGCCCAGUUCGACUUCACGCCUUACCCGUUUUGCUGUUUCUACUA